AUGGUGCUGCCAUUCUUCCUGGUGGUGUUCCCACUACAUACUGCGCACGCAUGGCCAUGCAGUGUUGAGAACACCUUCGAGGCGGCAUCAUAUGUGAAGACCAAAGAUGAGCUGAAUGAGAAGCAGAAUUUGCAAGCUUACUUGCAAGCUUACUUUCCUGUGCUUCCACGGCAUGUCCGAGACUACCCCGAGCUCAAAAUCACAUACCACACAGAGAGUGUCUCUUUGGACCUGGAUGCGGAAGAGCAAGAGGUCCAUCUCAAUAUUCCUUUGGAUGUGUCUGCAACGGAGAGGUCUCACAAGAAGACAAAGGAAGUCACAAACAGCCCAAGACUCUUGAACGCUUGGUGCUUCUUUGGAUGUAGCACACAUUCGGAGGAGCACGGAUGUCAUGGAAGUGGGCACUUCCAGGCAUCAGUGGUGCUGCACGCUUCUUUCAAGCUCAAGUCCAGAUCGUUGCAUUGGCAGCCUGAGACAGUGCAGGAUGCCACUGAGACGUUUUAUGGCCGCUCCCAGAACCAAGAGUUUUGGCUGACGAUCGUCGACACAGAUGGUCAGAAGCAGAUUUCGCUGGGCAAGGGCAGCGCUCAGGGCCAACACGUACAGAAAAACAUCACAGCACGAGGGUCUCUCAACCUUUCGCUUUCCAGCUUGGACAGCAAUGCCACGUGGCAAGUGAGCUUUGGCCACACAGAACGUGUGUGUGACCAUGGUAUGCCUACGACCCUCAGUCAAGGUCAUGGCGUUGUUCGUUUGUCCACACAGCUCUUUGGGGCCGUUCUUGGAGUGCAAGCUCAACAUUUCAAGCACUAUGUCUCAAAUGCGACAACUCCUCUUCGUGAUGCAAAGAUACAUCACAGUUUGGAGGUUGGAGAUAUGCAACUGAAAGUGAUGACUCCAGAAGCAGCGAAGAACCUUUCCUUCGUCAGUUUGUCAGUCGAGAACUUAAAUACCGCAGCACUAUGUGAUGGGCGAGUGCAGCCUCUAUUGAAUGCAUCCUUGGAUCGAUUUCAGGGGCCAGCAUCCCUCAUCGGGCGAAAAGAUGGUGACGGGAAAUUGAUGUUGUCCAUGGCACUUCGGGGGAGCGACGCGUCCUCAUAUUCGUUGCAAGGCCCCCACUUGUGGAGUCCAAGCCUCCCAGUUGCGCAAGGUGAGGUCCAGGCCAACAAAAUCAAUGUGAUGAAGCGCCUCCUUCCUGAUCUCAGCCACAAGUUGAAUGCUUUGGACCUUGUCCUUCCACACCGGCUAGCUCAGUUCAUUCCAUGUGAGGUGCAAUCGGCCCAAGCAGGAGGACGUUGCCUGAAUAUGGGGUUGCCCCAUGGAUCAUUCGGGCAGGGCUUUGUGGAAUUCUCUGCAGGUUUUUCUGCAGAUGAUCAAGUUCCUGACAUGUUUUUGGCAGCAAACCCAGCUUCAUGGGAUCUCGUCGUACAGGGAUGGUUGAAGAAGGCUUAUGCAUUCAUGCAGUCUCGCCCCAAACUUACCUCCCUGUUCCUGGCAUUUCUUAGUCUGGCCUGGAUUGGGCUUGCAUGGUGCAGGUCCCCCAAAUAUGCAGUCUCUGCUCUUGUGCUUUCUAUUCUCCUGUACAGCUGGUACUCCCAUAGUCCGUUUGCGGGAUUCACGGCCACAGCCCUGUCGGAGUCUGGCGCGCAAAUCACAAGCAUAAAGUGUGUUGUUGCAGACAUGCAGAAUAUGACACAGAUUGCCAUGGUUUGCACCCUUCUUGAACUGCUCAUCGUGCCUUGCUGGGUGGACCUUUUCGAUUUUUGCUGGCAACUUUUCAUAAAGACAGAAUUAGCCUGUAGUGAAAAGGAGGACAUUGCUUAUUGGUGCUUCAGUGCGUUGGUGUUAAGGUCGCAAGUCUGGCUCUUGGUUGAUAUGCCACUGGUUUACUUCUUGGGUCGCAAGCUUGGAACCGAAAUCGAAGCGGAUUCAGCAAAGCUUUUUCCAAGUUCACCACUUCAUGUUGUGGAGGUUGCAUUCAACUUGAAGGCAUCACAGAUCCAUCACAUGGCAGGAACCAUGAUGAGUUGCAGCUUUACAUCGAUGUUUGUCUCGUUCAUCGGGAUGUACUUGAUAUACUUUUUGCUCGCUUUGCCCGUCGGAAUGUUCCUUGGAGCCGUUGCUUUUGUUGUGAUAGAUGGUCCGGAUCAUUGGGGCCCGAGAGUUGCCAACACAACGGCUUUGUGCCUCCUCAUCACAGAGCUUCUAUCAACUGCCUCUAUCCUCGGGCCUUUCAUCGCAUACCAGAUCUUGGGCGGAACUACCCAGUGGUGGCUAGCAGCUUAG